GGAAAAUUAACCUAAAUUAGAUUCGUUUUUCAUUUGUUUUUUCAUUUGUUUUUUCUAAAAAACAAAAGUGACGCAUUGAGCACUUGUAAAUUGGCAGGUUUUAUUGACAAUUGUUAAUAUGUAUAAAAUGGAUUGUUGGACUAAUAUCGCUAACUGGACAUCUACCGCAACGGGAAUAGAAACGUUCCAAACUUCAAUUAUAAUAAAUCAAGAAUUUUUUUUCGAUAAAGAUAACGCAGAUGCUAUUAUAAACUUAAGAGAAUACUUGAUUUUCAACGUUAUUGAAGAAGAACAUUUAGAAGAUACGUUGGUUUUAGCAAAUAUGCUGCAGGGGUGGAUGAAGAGAUUCGUCGGCCGAAUUAUCACGGAUUCAGAAUUAGAAACGUUCAAACGUACGAUUCUCACUUUUAAAAUUGAUCACUUGAAGUCGGUUAAUCUGUAUCGAAUAAAUCGUGGCGUAUUGCUCGUCGUUUGCAUAGAAUAUCUCCUGUAUCCCGGUAAAGACGACGAAGAAUAUGAAAAAAUAUAUCGCGGAGACGAACACAAAGCGACCGAGGCAUAUAACAAACUGUGCAAUUAUCCAGAACAAACACCACAAGACAAUAACACGGUUGAAUCGGCCAGAUCUUUUUUCGAAUGCGAAUGGUUUUUCGUCGAAGAAAAAUGUUUGGAAACGAUAAGAAGAUACUUGAGAAGCAUCGAAAUCGAUUCUGAGGAGUUUCUAUUCAUCAAAAAUACAUCGAUCCGUGUGAUCAACGCUAACGCAUCUCGUAUGGAUACCAUCGACGUUAUGAAUCAACCAAUUUCGCCUGAGAACGACUCCAAGUUCCCUCCACCCAAGACGGUUUUGUCAUCAUUAGUCAAUUUUGUUCCUCCUCAAGUUGUGUCAAAAAAAGUAAACCAUGUAUUUUCUGAACGUUACUCUCCCGACCAGAUAGCAUUGGCGCGAAUGUUCGAUACGAACUUCUGGUCAGCAUAAAUUAUAGAACUUCACGAUGAUUUUAAAGUUUUCUCCGCGUAACUUCAUCGGAAAAUGAUUAAUUAAUUUAUGUU